UCCCAACACUUACAGUUGUUUCGCCUUCCACUGUGGAAAGUGGUAUGUUCCCUGUCACUCGGCAAGCAGGAGAGGGAGGGUCAACAUGGCGUCUGAACAGGAGAGUUCCAACGGGCCUGUGAAGAAGUCCAUGCGAGAGAAGGCUAUAGAACGACGUACCAUCAACAAGGAACACAACAGUAACUUCAAAGCAGGCUAUGUACCCAUAGAAGAAGAGCGUCUUCAUAAGACAGGGCUGAGAGGACGCAAGGGAAACAUGGCUGUUUGCAUUGUUGUUCUCCUCUUCCUCCUCGCCUUAAUUAACCUCAUUAUCACUCUGGUCAUAUGGACAGUGAUCCGGAUCGGUCCCAAUGGCUGCGACAGUAUGGAGUUCCAUGAGAGUGGCCUGCUGCGCUUCAAGCAGAAGGCGGACAUGGGCAUCGUUCACCCACUGCACAAGAGCACAGUGGGAGGCCGUAAGGACCAGGACUUGGUCCUGGUGGGCAACAAUAAUCCGGUUGUGUUCCAGCAAGGCACUACUAAGCUGAGUGUAGAGAAGGACAAGACCUCAGUCGUCAGUGAUGUUGGCAUAUCCUUCACAGACCCUCGCACGCAGAACACGUUCUUCAGCACAGACUUUGAAAACCAUGAGUUCCAUUUGCCCAAAGGAGUCAAAGUCCUAAGUGUUAAAAAGGCUUCUACUGAAAGGAUCACCAGCAGUGCAGCAUCUGACCUGAACAUUAAAGGUGACAGCAAGGCCAUCAUUCGUGGAAACGAGGGAGUCAACAUCAUGGGCCGGACUGUAGAGUUCAAAAUGGGUGGAGGCAUUGAGCUCAGGGCUGAGAACAGCAUCAUCCUCAAUGGGUCAGUCAUGUUCAACGCUACACGCAUCCCCAAUUCCGCCGGAGAUGUGUAUUUCGAUGAAGGUCUGGAGAGGUACAAGCUCUGCAUGUGUGCAGAUGGGACUCUGUUCCGUGUACAGGUGAAAUAUCACAAUAUGGGCUGCCAGACUUCAGAUAACCCAUGUAGAAAAGCUCACUAGGAGACUUGACUGGAAUCUACUGUAUCCCCCCACAAUCUGUCACCACUGAUGUCAGAUUACAAAUGUGUGUAUGUAGAACAUUUUAUAGGCCAUUCAUUACUUGCACAUAAUAAUACCUCCUCACCUGAUUAAUUCUGUGCUCCUGAUUUUGUUGCCAAACAGGAAUUGUGUUACAGCUCAUUGCCACAUGGCCAAAGAUAUUAACAGAUGUAAGUGCUAAAGUGUUUUUAUUGUUCUGCAGGUUUGCCAACUUUAUCUAAAAUGUAUAAUGCCAUAUCAGGGGUUUACAUUGCCCAUUGAUUGGAGUUAGAAGCUACAGUAUUUACUUUUUGCCUUACCGUCCAGUGUUACUAAUUUACAAACCUUGCAGACGGGUUGUGUAUGAUAUUAUUUGCUGUUCAUUGUUUCUGGCAGCUGUGUUUGAUAUUUUCUUUAUAAUAUUCACUGACAAGGGUGAGACACUACAUGAUUAUACUGAUUUGUGUGUUAUUAAAUUUGGGAUAAAGUGUAAAACAUGAGAUACAUUUUAAGCCAUCCAGUAAGCAGAGAAGGUCUCUUUCUGCACAUUUUGGAUUGUCUAUAAUGCACGUGCCAAUGGAUUUACAAGGGAGGAUAUAGAAUAUAAUAUAUAUGUAAUAUUCAAAUUUUGAACAAUGACAACGAAAUAAUACAGUAUUGAAAAACAGAACGAGAGCGAGUGCACUAAGUUAUGCUACAGAUUAAUGCAAAUCUCUUUAAAUGUUGAUGUUUAUGAAUGUCAGGAAAGUUUAAAUAAUCAGUAGCUUGGUUUUAAGCCUAUAUUGAGUUGUUUGACUUUUGUGCAAUAUAGUAUAAAAGAUUUGACUUUCAUUUUGCUUUGGGUUGUCUUGUCUGUUUUAUAAGAGUGCUGCUGUUGAGAAAUAUCAUAAAGUAUCACAAAGCCUGUUGUGAGAGUGGUUUUCAUCAACUAAAUGAAAA